ACUGAAGAACCAUACUGACCUGCAAAGCAAUCAUUCGAACUCAAACAAAAUGUGUUACGCUGAAAACUUAGGAUCUCACGAACUCGUUUUGAAAGAAACAACUUCCUUUCAAUAAUCCACGCCUUUCCCGGAGACCACUGCUCAUUCGCCCUCAGUAUACUGUUCCUCCUUUCAAUGGCACCCAGUCAGAUUUUAGAACUUCCAAAGGCGGUGUUUCAAGACCAUCCGCCGUUUUCACCGGAUGCAAUGCAAGAAGUCGAGAUUCGGCAACCACGAAGGUGCCAUUUUCCGGGGUGGGAUAGAGCACUGAAACUCACAUGCGAGUUACGUAUAUAUGCUUGAAAAUUAUUUUACUCUCGCCACUGGUCUUCAGCUUCGCAUACGAUGAUUUACGCCUGAUAUUGCCCAAGCUGUCCUCCAGAAAUCGUCCUUGACACAAGGUAUCCCCACCCCUCACCUUGACGGCAGCUCAACAGGCUCUAAUCGCUCCCGCAAUGUUUCGCCAACUCCGCCGAGCAUUUUCGCAUCACCGUGAAGAUAGUUGGCAACUUCCUGCAGGGUGGGAAAUAGACCCUAGCCGCUCGAAUACCCACUUGUCAUCCACUAACGCGUCGCGGUACCGCCUGUCCUUUGAUGAUAGAGCUUCUGCAGAGAUAGAGUCUGUUGCAUCGGUAUUCGGCAACGCUUGCACAUUUACAGAUCCUUAUUUCGACAGGAUUGGAGAUGAUGGGAGAGCGUACCUACAGGAUCUUAGUAUACUCUAUGUGGCAGAUAGCAGUGCAGGCGAGUUCAGGUCGGCUGUGCAAAAUUUAGUGCGAAGGCAACUGGAGGCGCAAUGGUGGAUUUUGAGAAGGAAUGUAGACGAAGAGCGAAGUGAUGCGGGGAUGAGUAGGUAUGGGUCGGUAAUGGAGAGCGAUGUGGGAGAAGAGCAAACGGUUGAAUCGAUGGGAGAUACGCUGCCUAGCCAGAUAUGGCAAAGUACUUUCUCACAUGACGGGCCGUUGUCUGAAACUAGUAGCGGGAUGACGGACGAGCCACCCCCUCCAUAUCGUUCUCAAGAACUCUCUGAAGACUUGCGACGAAGUUCACCAAUCUAUCCUCAACUACAGUCGCAGUUUGAGAACGAGAGUUACCAAAGAUGGGGCUCGACACCAACGUACCAUUCUUUCGGCUAUCCUUUACCUAUACACACCCCUCAUCAUUUGUCUAUCCAGCCAGCACAGCCGCUUUCACCGGCAGCAUUGUACGAGUCAUCGUAUCACUCUUCUUUGACUGACUCUACUCGCUCUCACUCCUUUGUAGGUGGACAUCCUGGCACGAGGCAUUCUGAAGCCUUGGCUGCACCUUCAUCAUCUCUUAUCUCUCAUCCAGAAGAAGGAGCUACGGGUCAUGGGCUGGCAUCGAACCUUAUCGAUCCCUAAUACUCGGAUUUCUCUAUCUGCAGAUUCUUACGGAAACAGCUUUGUUAGUCUACGUGACUCAAACACCGACAGUAUCAAAGUCUUUAAUCCAUUUACCCGUCAGCCCAUCAAUGACUCCUCACUCAUCAUCUUCGGACCUCUCCGUUUCCUCAACAAACUCAGUUUUAUUAUCGUCGCCGUUGACUGACAGCCCCCGUCAGUCGACACACUUGAUACAGCCAUCAUUCGGUUAGUCAUCCAUAUUAUCUGUAGGGAUGGCCUUAGCCAAACUUGCAGCAGCUGAUUGGAGCAAAGCUAUUGAUUUGACGUCAGACGAUGAGAGUGAUUACAGUGUCGAAGGUGAUACGGGGUAGCCAAAAUAAUUGAUGGGUCUGAAUCGACAUAACAUACCAUUGUGUCAUCCGAAAUGAAUUGUAUGAUCUCUGUAAUAUGUAGCGAUCAUCCAUAGUCAAGUUUUGCAGGUUCGAUAAUACUUAGCGAAGCAUAAAUUACGAUAACUUGCAAUGCUAUACAUUUAUGCAUCCUC